UUUAUUUGUUUAUUUAUUUUGUUUUUCCUUACUGUUGCUUUUUAAUCAAGCAAAUUAACCCGGAUAACAAACUGGACUUUUCACCUGUGAUGAGCACGGAAACCGCCUGAGACUCCCGCAGCAGCCGCACAACAUGGCUCACUCAAAUAAGGCGCGCAAAGCGGCCAGAGAAGCGAAUGCCCAGAAUGCCCAGAAGUCGGCGGAAACGAGAACGCAGAACCCGAAACAGGAGCCCCAAAAGGUGGAAACCCCUGGCGAAAGCAGUGCAGAAUCCCCCACAGCCGACCAAUUCCUGGAGAGUUUGCUCCAGACCCUCUACAAGUCAUGGCUUCAUGUGCGUCGCCUGGCUGAGUUUGUGAUGUCCGAACUGGGCGGGAAUGACUUCCUGGAGGCCAUCGCCGCCUGGUGCGCCCGGAACCCGCACAUCGCCAUCUGCCUGCUGGCCGGCGGCCUGGUCUUCCUGCUCCCCUUCCUCAUAAUCUUCGGCUUCGGCAUCGCCACCAUGGUGAUGACCUUCACUGGUCUGCUGGUGCUAGAAGGCACUCUCCUGACCAUCGUGUCCAUGGUGUUCUUCGCCUGCCUGGGCGGAUUCGCCAUCAUUGUUCCCCUCUUCGGUGUGGCCGCCGUGGCCGCCUACUUCGGCUUCGCCCAAGUCUACGGGCUCUACGACGGAAUGGAGCGCCACAAGAGCGCUUUGGUUAAGUUCGUCAGGGAUCAGCGCAGCCCACCGCCUGCUCCUGCGUCCAUUUCCGAGGAACCCACUUCGACUACAUAAGCCCAUUCCGCUUGCCCAACAAACAUAGUUAUUAAACAAAUAAAGACCAGUGCUUGGAUGUUUCCUAAAUGUA